CCUUUCCGAAUUAAGCGCAAAACAGACCGUACGUUUGCGACAGACAAAUCACAAAUGCCGAAGGCAGGAGGCUCCCUUCAUUUGCUCUCCUUGCCCGGAAGCACCAAUUAACGGAAAGCCUAUAUCGCCCUCUCCCUGUUUCUGUUUGAGCGGAAGCGAUCCUUAACACUAACCAGUGGGAUUUGAGCUCUCCUACUCUCUCCCCCUCUACCUCUGAUAUCUCUGUCUCUCUCUGCAACCAUGAUUACGGCUAGCAAGAUUAAAUCUGUGGAUUUCUACAGGAAAAUACCCAGAGAUUUGACAGAGGCAUCAUUAUCAGGUGCCGGAUUAUCCAUUAUAGCAGCCCUAUCUAUGAUGUUUUUAUUUGGAAUGGAACUGAAUAAUUAUUUGGCAGUGAGUACCACCACAUCUGUUGUUGUGGACAAGAGUUCUGAUGGUGACUUCUUACGCAUUGAAUUUAAUAUCAGUUUUCCUGCACUUUCAUGUGAAUUUGCAUCAGUUGAUGUGAGUGAUGUGUUGGGAACAAACAGGUUAAACAUAACAAAAACAAUCAGCAAGUUUCCAAUAGAUCGAAAUUUAAGGCCAACUGGAUCUGAGUUUAUCUCAGGACCAAUUUCAAAUGCCAUUAAACAUGGAGAUGAUGCUGAUGAAGAAUAUGGUGAAGGUUCUGUUCCACUAAUCAGCCGUAAUUUUGAUAGAUUUUCGCAUCUGUAUCCUAUUUUGGUCGUUAAUUUUUAUGCUCCUUGGUGCUACUGGAGUAACCGUCUGAAACCUUCAUGGGAGAAGGCAGCUAGUAUAAUAAAACAAAAAUAUGAUCUAGAAAUGGAUGGACGUAUUCUCAUGGGAAAGGUUGAUUGUACCGAAGAAGUUGAAUUGUGUAGGAGGCAUCACAUUCAAGGAUAUCCUUCUAUUCGUAUUUUUCGUAAAGGAAGUGACGUCAGGGAUGACCAUGGACAGCAUGACCAUGAAGCUUAUUAUGGAGAUCGAGAUACUGAUAGUCUGGUUGCGACAAUGGAAAGUCUAGUUGCAUCUAUUCCAGUAGAGUCUCAAAAGCUAGCUUCAGCGAAUAAAACUAGCAAUGUGACGCAUGAUACAAAAAGACCUGCACCAUUAGCAGGAGGAUGUAGAAUUGAAGGUUUUGUCCGCGUUAAGAAGGUUCCUGGUGACCUUGUCAUUGCAGCUCGUUCUGGAUCCCAUUCCUUUGAUCCUUCUCACAUGAACAUGUCUCAUUUUAUAUCCCAUUUUUCAUUUGGUAGAAAUAUUUCUCCGAAGGUGUUCACACAUGCAAAGCAGUUGAUGCCUUAUUUUGGUCGAAGCCAUGACAGGUUGAAUGGCCAGUCAUACAUUAAUCACCAUGAUUUGAAUGCAGUUGUUACUAUAGAGCAUUAUCUUCAGAUUGUGAAAACAGAAGUAAUAGCACAGAGAUAUUUGCGGGAGCAAAAAUUGGUCGAAGAGUACGAGUACACGGCCCAUAGUAGUAUGGUGCAGAGUAUGCAUGUCCCAGUUGCUAAGUUCCAUUUUGAGCUCUCUCCCAUGCAGGUCUUAAUAACAGAAAACCCUAAGUCCUUCUCUCACUUUCUCACGAAUGUUUGUGCCAUCAUUGGAGGCAUUUUCACGGUUGCUGGGAUAUUGGAUUCGGUUCUUCACAACACUGUAAGACUGAUGAAAAAAGUUGAACUAGGCAAAAAUUUUUGAUACAAAGAUGAAAAUUCUCCCCAUAUCUUAUUUUUCUCAUAGCCCAGUCAGCUGGGCAGAUAAUAUUAUGGUUACAGUAGCAGUGUAAUUGUUCCUUUUUUUUUUUUAUGUGCAAUGAAGCGAUAGAAUGUAACUGUUAGCCAUUUCUAGUUGACAAUAUAUAAAAUGAUUAGCCCAGUUCCAUGCACAA